GAACGUCUAAAAUGAAGUUUUAUGACUGAUUUAUUGCUGUGUAAUUUUUUUAUUACACGCAAUUAGAAUAUGGAUCCCGUAGUUCCCCCAUGGACUUGUCCACCUUAUGGUUUCUAUAUUUCUAAGCUAUUGCCGUUAUUGCUAGACGUUGAGGAAGAUCCAGAAAAUAUAUUGGUUUGUCCUUCGAAACUGAAUUAUGAACUGCAACUAAGCACAGAAGACCGUCUACAGAGACUUUGUAAUCCAACAAGAAAAUAUCGUGUGACAACAGAGACCAAUACGUUUAGCCGAACCCCCGACAUAGUAGUUUUCCAGAAUUUCAGUAGUAACACAGUUUAUACCACGAUAUUGUCUCUACAAAAUACUCAUAAGUGUUCAAAAUGGAUAAGAAUUGUACAAGACAGCUCUGCAUACUUUAGUGUGGAGUAUCCUGUCGGAAAUGAAAACAGCAGCGCGAGAAUUGCCCCUGGGAUGGCUUACAACGUCAGGAUCACCUUCAGACCUGCUACCAUCCAAGAUUAUUUUUACAAAAUAACAUUUGUUGCGGAAGAAGAACAGUUCGAGGUGCCAGUAUAUGCUAUUGGAUACAGGCCAAUUCUGAACCUACCAGACGUAGUUGCUUUAAAGCCCACUGCAAUAGGGAUAAGAAUGUACAAAGCGCUGGCGUUACAUAAUUUCGGACAAGCCACUGCUUUCUUUGUUACCCAAUGCAAACCUCCAUUUUCUGUGGAGCCUGAAAGAGGUGUCCUAAAGCCCCAUGCUACAAUGGAAAUCAAAGUUAUAUGUACCCCAAACUGUUUGCGAGGAUAUUUGGAAGAUGAUAUUUUCUUUGUUUGUGAUGAUAUCCGCCUGAAGGUAAAGGUGAGUUGUGAAGUGGUCGAAGCAAACAUCUUCAUGCACGACAGUAAGAUUUCAUUUGGGGAAGUCUUCAUGAAUUUACAAAAACAGGAAAUAGUGAAGAUAACUAAUAAAAGUCCAUAUACUGUUAAUUUUUAUUGGAGCUUGUACAAGUCUAAUGCCAUUGAUGCGUUAGAGAAGAACAGGUUAUCAGGAGCAAUGGAAGGUAUGACAAACCUGAUGAGAACUAGGCACACUAAGUUGGAAUUUAUGAACAUAAUUGAUGCAGAAGGGCAUAACACAGUUAUUGAAGAUCAAUGUAAAAAAGCAAAACAAGAACUUGAUGAAAAAUGGCGAUUUCUUUACAAAAACGAAGUUUUCACUAUUAUUCCCAAUGAGGGUGUCCUGCAUCCAAAUCAAACGCUCGAAUUUAUGGUUGUGUUCAAUCCCAAAAUAAACGACUAUUACAGCAGCUGGGCGUAUUUGGACAUUGGUGGUAAGCCGGAAAGGCUUCCUCUAGCAUUGUCUGGUGUCGGCAAAGGCCCCGUAGUAGUGUUCAACGCUAAUACGUUGAAUAUUAGCAAUGUUUAUAUGAAUGCAAGGCAUGAGUACCAGAUCGUAGUUAAAAAUGACAGUCAUAUUCCUGCAACUGUGGUCUUCAGAGGAGGUAAAACAGAAUUUGGUGGUGAUAUCGAAUGCGUACCAACCACUAGAUAUUUAUCUCAUUUUGACAAAUGUAAAUCCUUUGUUAUCAAAUUUUCCUCGUCCGUACAAGGACAAUUUGUAGAAAAAGUACAGUUUACCAUAGAGGAGUCUACAGAAAUCAUACACUUUCUAUUAAUUGGUAACGUUGUAUGUCCACUCCUGAAACUUUCUACGAAUGUAGUAGACUUUGGAGACAUUCCAUUUGGAGAAUGUGCCUUCCAAGAGUUUCAGUUGGUUAAUGAAGCUCAGGUUCCAAUAAAUUACUCGAUUUCGGUUGAAGAUAUGUCAAACACAAAUGUAGAAUGGUCUUUAGGAGAACAUGUUGUCCAGCCUUACUCUAAUAUCCCCAUAUUGGUUGAAACUAUGUCCAGUACGGGAGAAUGUACGAACAGGUACAGUACUUCUAAAGAUCACUUGGAACAGUCGCAUAAGAUAUCAUUUGUAUUAGAUUCCCUUUCUGAUGUAGACGCUAACAUAUGGCUCACGAUGUGGGGCUCUCAAAAAUAUAGGCAAAGUAUUCCUAUUCAUAUAAGACCUCGAGUACCAGAGCUAGAAUGCGAUCCACCUGAAGUGUUUAUGAACUUCUGCUUCCUUGACUUUGAAUACAAAAGAAAAAUCAAGUUGAAGAAUACUACGGAUUAUUCUGGACGACUAACUUAUGCUCCAAUCAAGGAACCUGAAAACAUGAGUUGCAAUCUAAAUAUAACAGAAUGUCCGAUUACUCCUUUCGGUGAAAUCGUGAUAGAAUUGACAGUGAAGACUAGUGAACUUGGCCCUCAUGAAUAUGAUUUAAGAUUCGAAGUAAGAGGUGUUCCGCCAAAAGACUACUGUAAAGUUACUUGUAAUGGCCAAGGACCUGUGGUAAUACAUUCUCCCGAUAUUUUGAAUUUUGGAGAAGUUCAGUUGCUUGAAACAACCUCUUGCGAUUUAACUAUUACGAAUGAAUCACCGAUUACUGCUCAGCUCAAAAUAUUUACGAAACCCAAUGAACCAUUUUUUGUCAAAAUCCCUGAAGUGGUUAUCGCCUCAGAGGAAAGUGCUGUGAUACCGGUAUACUGUUAUUUGAAAGAUACUGGCAAAUAUGACAGCUAUGUUAGAUAUGCCAUUAAAAAUGGGGAAACUAUAGAAGUUAAGAUAUCUGCGAUUGGAGCUGGCUGUUCUAUACUUUGUGAACCAAGCAUAAAAGAGGGGUACAAUGCUAGAUUUCUAUUAACACACCAGAUAUUCAGACUAUACGUUAAGUUUACAAACUUGGGAAAAAAGUUCACGAAAAUCCUGUGGACUCGAAAGAAAGCGGUGAAAAGCUUGAAAGACACAGAAGAAAUCAAAUCCGUAUUUUCGAUGACGCCCAACCAGUUCGAACUGGCUACUGACCAGUUCCAAAUGGUAGAAAUAUCAGGGGCAUCUACAAAAGUAACAACGGCCGAAGAAGAUUUUUACUGCUUCGCCACUUACGACAAGAGCUCUAAGCCGAUCCUUUUAAUGUCAUUCGUUAUCAAAGCUUCCUUUAUUGAGCCAGAAGUUGAGUUCUCUAAGACGCAGCUUGAAUUCAUGGUGUCAAUUAACGAAACAGGAAAUCUGUCUUUGACCACUCCAGUUAGUCGUAAACAAGAUGUUUCACGACGUUCAUCAUCUAAACCAACUAUGGAUUACUUAGAAGACAACCGUUCAUUGUUUCGUGGAUUUUCUGAUGCCUUUUCGGUCCCCAUGGAAGACGAAUUGAAUAAAUUGAGCUCUAGCGAAUCAGAAGAGGAAGAUGAUACCUAUCCGAAAUAUUCUAUUUUACAUGGUAGUGUAGAUAUAAAAAACACCACACCCAUACCUCUAAAAAUGAUACUACGAACCUCUCCAGCAUUUUACAUAUACAAAGAAGGAGAGUUGGUUCAGUAUAUGAACUUAGAGAUACAUGAAGGUAAAAUGUAUACUGCCCGAGUCGAAUUUGUUCCUGAGAUCUAUGAAAAACGGUAUAGAAGAGAUGAGGGAACUUUGACCUUGCAGUUUGAGGCUCAUCCAAAAUCGGUAAGGUUGCCACUAUAUAAUCAGUUGCUCUAUCCAACAGUGGUGUUCACACCUAAUGAAGCUGACUUCAAAUGUGUUCCACCAUAUUCUAUAUACAGCAUGACAAUCAUCAUGAAAAACAUCACGUGUAUGCCUGUACGUUUCAGCUGGACUUUGAGAGAAGAAUUUUUCCAUAUAGAGAGGCUGACAGUUGACGCUAUGGCAGAUUCGAAGAGAACUCUGGAGUUUGAUCCACUCGCAAGCGAUUUGUGUCAAAAACACGAAGUAAGACCAUAUAAACCACACGAUCAUUUAUCAACAAAAGAAAACGCGCAUUUAGAAAUGGCUCUUGCAAAAGCGGAAAGCAUCAAGGGGUUUCAAAUGUUGGUUGAACAAGAAAGCAACAGGUAUGUUUAUUAUUUAUAAUUUCAUACAUGGUGGCAUAAAAACAGUGGCAACGUUACUGAAAACCACAUACAAAGGCUCUUGAUCCUGUAGAAGCUUGUCAGAUUCUUGAAAGAUUGUCGGAAUGCAACUGGGACGAAGAAAGGUGUCAAUCAGAGCAAGCUCGUAUUCUGAGAUCAUUGACAGAGAUUCAUAGGUCAGAGGACGCCGAUUUAGACUUUGCCGAAGUCCUUCCUGAAGAGCCAUCAAUAUCCGACCCAUGGUCCUUGAGAAACAUCCUGACCAUAGAGCCAGUUAAAGGUCUCCUUGCUCCCUACGAAUAUAUGACCAUAAUGGUAGGGCUGUGUUUGCCCUCGGAUGUCAAAUUUGAAGCUACGGCCGUAUGUAAUAUUGAACAUGGCGAGGAAGAGCAGGUUAUUGUCAAGGCGACUUCGUCCAAGAUCAUGUAUACGAUGGAUAAGAGGAAUAUCGAGUUUGGAAGAAAGCUAUGCUGUGAAAUAUGCGAAGAAACUAUCACCUUAGCCAAUCCCGGUUACGGUAGCUUCAAGUACCACAUAAAAUGCGACGAUGACUACCCGCCGGACACAGUACCGAAUGCUGGUUGGUUGUGCGUGACCCCGAGAGGUGGUGAAUUGGGUACCGAUGAAGAGGUUGUGUUGCAUAUCAGGUACUUCCCUGGAUUCACAGGAGAAUUCAAGGAAUCCUUUAAAAUGGAGAUCGGCUACCUCGAACCGUUCGAAGUCUUCGUGCACGGUUACAGCGCCCCGGCUCAAAUCAUGAUGAGCCUUCUGAGACCGGCCAUCUUCGAUAUACCACCUGUAGCGCAAUACCUGGCCAUUGCGCGCUUGACUCUUGACUAUUUGAGAUCGCAGACUGUCAAAAGUAUCAAUCUGCCUCGGCAUUCUCGACUCUAUGCACACCAUGAGGCUGACGGAAUAAACUCGGCGAUUUUUCAGCAAAUGGCGAAAGAGUGGGUGAUCGUCACGGAGAGUGAUGUUUACCCGUCAGAAGCCGAUAUCGAGCUAGUAAUAGAACGAGACCUGCUCAACCAGAGGUUAUCAAAUACUUUAGAUAUUUUGCACGAGCAUGUGGUCACCAGGAAGAUUCAUGGCAUUCCUCAGUUUGUGCCCCCCUCAUAUAUUCUUGAUUUUGGAUAUGUCAUACUUGGUAAACCUGUCUGUUACACGGUUUUGAUCGUGAACUAUGGCCCAACUGACACUUUUGUGGGCGUGCGCCUAGGAAAGAAAGCAAGUUCAAUAAACAUUGAGUUUAGAGGGAGGAAGCUCGCUGUCGGAGAAGUGACUCAGUUGUUCGUAGUCUUCAAUCCAACAGUUGAUGAGUUCGGAUUGGAAGAUAGCAUCAUGGAAAAUGAUUUUGCACUUACGCUGAGGCAUGGCGGACUAAUACCAGUUACAAUAAGAGCAAGUGUGUCUCUACCUCGAAUUGAUUUAGGAUGCGAGUGUCUUGAAUUUGGAUCUGUCAAAGUGGGUAGCGCAUUUAGAAGAUCAAUGUACAUCAAAAACAGUGGGUGCUUUGAAGUAAAAUGGUCGAUCAAAGUAACAGCUUCUAACGCGGCAUCUGCAAAUGCUUUUAAGGUCAUCCCCACUAAGGACGACCUACUGCCUGGAAAAAAACAAAUACUGACCAUCAUUUUCAUGCCGGAAAUGCAGGGAUCAUUGAAAGCUGUCAUCGUAGUAGACAUCGAAGGCAACAAAGAACCCGUGCGUUUGAGACUGAUCGGAGAAGGAAUCAUACCUGAGCUAAGCAUCAGCAGAAAUGUAUUGGAAUUUCCCCCUGUAUUACCAUUUGGCAGUGCUGGAACAGAUUCAUUUAUUGUCAAGAACGCCUCACCGUUUCCUGUGGAGUACUGGUUUCCAAAUUACGAUGAAGAAUACAGUGAAGAGCAAUUCCUGAUCCACACCUAUCUCGUCUACCAUAACAUUUCAACGCUUCUAAUACCGGAACGACGACCUGGCGAAAAGCUCCCGGAAAUAUUUAAUAUGACGUUCUCGCAGAUCAAGGACGCGAUCAGACAGAAACUGUUGGAGGCAUCUAAAGAAGAAACCCUUCAAGAUCCGCUGACAAUAUGUGAUAAAGAACAACUCGUCGCCAUGGUUUCUGAUUAUUUGGAUGGUUUGGAAGAUCAUCUCGAAACCGGUGAUACAGACGGUUGGACCACAGUGUGUGACGAGGAAACUAAAUUAUCAAUCAUGGAACCAGUGAAAGUUGAUGAAGAUGCGAAUACCAGGAAUGCAUUUUUUGUGAUAGUACAUGGCGGACCAUCAACAGAAUAUCACAAAGUGGCUUGCACUAUAAGCAAGAAGCUGCGUUUUCCAAUGUACAGCGUAAACUAUAUGAUACUCGAAGAGCUUGUUAAUAACACUUCUCAUACAGCUAAAGAGAUUAAUGCAUGUAUAAACAAACGAAUCGGAAUUGUUCAUGAUCAGCAAAAUUACGAAGAAGAUUUUGGAUUUCCCUUUGAAGACGAGUACGACAUACUGCUGAGGAAAAUAGGAAUGGCACAGACUGGCAAACAAAUACCUAAACAAGAAGCGCCUGCUGAUAAAAAAGGAAAAAAGGGAUCGGAAAAGAGUUCUGGAAAAAGCUCUGAGUUGAAAAGCGGGAAACAAAAAAAGAAAGAUGCUGACGGGCCUACGUUGAUUAAUAUUCCUAUGGAGUUGUUCGUGUCUUUGCUCAAGGAUAAGUUUAGCAGGUUU